CUCAUUCCAAAAUCUCUCAUCGCCAUUUAAUUGCUCUGAUCGCGCCCUGUGAUGUAUCAUUAUUGCUCAUAGUCUUAUAGACGCCACACUACCUAGAUUAGAACUGUACGCCUGAUUCGUUGCGCAUUGGAUACAUGCGUAUGCCUUAGGCUUCUCAGCUUUGUAUAAGAGUCUCUUACUCGGGCAAUGCUUGGAGACAUCUAACAUCAUAUCUUUUCCAUAUCACAACUCCUAAAUCAUAGGCAUCAUAUCUUCUUGAGUCGUCAAGAUGGGCAUGGGAGAUUACUCACCCGGCAGCGUUUGGUACUAUGCACCAAACAAAGCUGCUCCUAUUGUCUUCAUAGUACUCUUCUUGAUCAGUGGAGUCAUACAUACAUAUCAGACAAUCAAACACCACUCAUGGCGAACAACCCUCUUCCUCCCCUGGGCCGCCCUCCUCAUGACCGCCGGCUUCGCCAUCCGCCUAGUCGCCGCCUACCACCCAGACUCCCUAACCUACCUCAUCACCGCCGUCAUCCUCAUCAUGUCGGGGCCUCCAGUCUACGCCCUCAUAAACUACAUCAUCCUCUCCCGAAUCCUCUACUACAUCCCUUACCUCUCCCCCCUGCACCCAGGCCGCGUCGCCACCACCUUCGUCGGUCUCGACGCCGUGUGCGAGAUCCUGAUCGGCCAGGGCGCAUGGCGCAUGGCGGACAGCAGCCGCAGCCAGAAGGAGCGCGAGAUCGGAAGCCACCUCGUGACGGCAAGUCUAUGCCUACAAGCCGCCCUUUUCGGCGCCUUCGGGGUCCUUGCCGUCAUAUUCCAAUUCCGCGCCAAGCGUGCAGGUGUUUUGAGCAAGGACCUCGCGAUCGUGUUGUACGUGCUGUACGCGAGUGCAAUGAUCAUUACGAUCAGGUGUAUUUAUAGGUUGGUGGAGUAUAUUAUGGGGUGGGACUCGGCGAUUUAUAAGAACGAGGUUUUCUUUUGGAUCUUCGAGGCGAUCAUCAUGUGGAUUAACACUGUGCUGUUGAAUGUGUGGCAUCCUGGGAAGAGGCUGCCGAGGUCGAAUUCGGUGUUUUUGGAUAGGGAUGGGGUUACGGAGAGGAGGGGGCCUGGGUGGGCGGAUGAUAGGCCGUGGAUUGUUACGGUGUUUGAUCCGUUCGAUGUGUAUGGCAUGAUUGUUGGGAGGGAUGAGAAGAGUCGGUUUUGGGAGAUGAGUGAUGAGGAGUUGGAGAGGUUGAGGAGGGAGAAGAAGCAGAAUAAGAGGAGUGUGCUUGAGGGUGUCUUAGAUCCUUUCAGGCUGUGGGGAAGGAGGGGGUAUAUUGGGAAGUAUUUCUUCAAGCAGACCAAGCAGGCAGAUGGGAACAGGAACGCGUCUGUGACGGCACAAUCGGAAUUCGAGGUCAAAGGAACGCAGGCAACCCCGAAGGCAGAUGUCUAGGUGGUGGAGGGUGUGGUUGCUCGGGAGUCCUGUCAUUUUUCCUUACGCGUCUUGAUUUGAUACCCUCUUUCAUUGCUAGUAAUCAGUUCGUUUUAGUGUAUAGUGUAGUUUUAGGGGUCUGUAUUAUAGUC